AUGCUAAUAGAAACUAGUCAUUAGGAUAUUAUUCAUGAUAUAGCUUUUAAUUUUGAUGGUAAUAGAUUUGCUACAGCUUCAAGUGAUUAAACAAUGAGAGUUUAUAAUAAAGUAGAUGGGUAAAUAAAUUAAUAGAUUUGAAUAGGAAAUGGGAAAAGAGUGCAGAAUGUAAAUUUCAUGAUGGUCCAAUUUGGAAGAUUAGAUGGGCAGAUCCUAAAUUUGGAUAAUUGAUAGCAACAUGUAGUUAGGAUAAAGGUGUUGGUGUUUGGGAAGAAAAGAAAUUCCUAUAAGAAAGUCCAUCUGGAUAAAAAUAAAUUAUAGUAUAAUGGAAAUAGAGAAUAUUAAUAUUAGAAAGUAAAGAAGCAGUAGCUGAUAUAUAAUUUGGUUCAAAAUCUAAUGGUCUUCUAUUAGCAAUAGCAUAUGUUGAUGGAAAAUUAUAAAUUCAUAGAGCACAUGAGUAGAAUUAAUUUAUUAAGGAAGGAGAAGAUGUUCAUAUUAUGGAUUAUGGAUUAAGAGCAAUAUCAUGGAAUCGUGCUCCAUUAGAAAGAGAAAUGUUGGUAGCUGCAGGAAAUGCUGAAUAAUAAAAAUAUCUCAGUAAAAUUAAAAUUGAUCAUUCUCAUAGUAUGAAAACAAUGGCCAUUUGGAUGUUAUAAUAUGAAAAUUAAAAAUUAGGAAUGAAAAAAAUUCAUGAAUUUGAAGAAGAAAAAACAAUUAAUGAUGUAUAAUGGGCUAAUUAAAAUGGAAAAAGUUUUCAUUUGAUUGCAUCUGCUAGUAUUGAAGGUGUUAAAAUAUGGUAGAUUAAGAUUGUAAAGGAAACUGAAGUAGAAAAAAUGAAAGUAUUUAAUAUAAAUAGAGAAACAAAACCAAAUUAUUAAGCUUAUCGAGUUUCAUGGAAUAUUUUAGCCACUCUAUUGGCUGUGUCUUGUGAAAGCAAAAAGAUAGAUGAAAACUAAAACUAAGUCACCUCUAGAGAAGUUAGAAUUUAUUAAAAUUAAAAUGGAAGCUGGGUUGCAAAAGGUAUAAUUUAGGAAGCCAAUUUCUUAAGGGAAAGUUUAUCUAUGCAACAGUUUAUUGCAAAUGGACUGAUUUCUUGA